AUGGCGGACGACGAAUUAGCAGCCAUCCGCAAAGCAAGACUUGAGCAGCUGAAAGCGCAGGGAGGAGGUGGUGGUGGAGGGGCAGGUGGAGGGGAUCAAGCUCAGAGACAUAAUCACCUCCGGUUUCGCAGCGCAAAUCUAAUUCGUCCUGCAGCCGAACAACGACAAUCCAUACUCAAUCAAAUCCUCGAACGCGGAGCCGCGGAUCGCCUUGGGAGAAUAAGACUUGUCAACGAACAGCGAGCGACAGAAGUAGAGAACAGAUUGAUUAUGCUCGCGAGACAAGGAGCGCUCAAAAGCGCAGUCACGGAAGAACAACUGAAAGACUUGUUAAAUGCUGUCGCAGAGACGAGAGAAGAGGAGAAGAUUGUUGUAAGUCGGAGGAAAGGAUGGGAUGAUGAUGACGAUGAUCUACUCGAUUUGUAG